UUCUUGCUGUCUUCCACACAGUGGGGUUACUGUGUGUGGCUCAGUCGGCCAUAAACAGGUGUUUCCUCCAGGAGAUGGCUGAGAAUAACUCCCUGACGGCGUUCACCGACGCUCCUCCCGCUCUGAAGGAAGGCGAGACUUUCCACGUCUUCAUCAGCUACAGCAGCACAGACCACCAGUGGACGCACUCCCUCAUAGACCAGCUGGAGGCCUGCGGCCUGCAAGUCUGCUACCAUGACCGCGACUUCACACCGGGCCGCACCGUGCUGGAGAACAUGUCCGAGUGCAUCCAGGAGAGCCAGAAGGUCCUGCUGGUGCUCAGCUCGGAGUUCGUGCGGAGCCGCUGGUGUCUCCUGGAGGCCAACAUGUCUCUGUUCAGAGACUGCCUGGAGAGGAAGCCCAUCGUCCCCGUGCUGCUGGAGCCGGGAGUGUGCGUCCCGCUUCACCUGUGCCACCUUACCUACCUGGAGGCCGGCGACCCCGAGUUCCUGGCUAAGCUGCUCAAGGUGCUCUUUACCAACAACCGGCAGCUUCUAGGCGCCACGGUGGUUCCCUACCAGCCUCCGUCCAUCUACAACGGAAAGGCCCUGCAGCCUUUGACUGCUGCUAACGUGGAAACUCUUCAAAAGUGGGAUUCGGGUACGUUCAGUGACAUGGUUGUGCCGGACCAACUGCUGCUGAUUAUCGAGGACAAGGACAUGUACCAGAAGGCCAUCGGCAUCAUCAACAGUGUGUCUAAAAAUGAAGUGUGGCUGCGGCCUCUCUGGAUGAGAGUUUUGCUCUACAUGAGUGGUGUGAUAAUGUUCAUUUUACUAGUUGGGUUAUUUGUAUACGUGACAGCUAUAGUGACGGUUAACAUCAUUCCUACAAAUAAGGACAAUGCCCCUGUUGGAGCAUUGGUAGUAACCAUUGCGAGUCUCUUCUCCGUUCCAAUAGGGCUGCUUGUUCGCCUUUCGCUCUGGAAGAUGGAAGACGCAAAGCACGUGGUUAGGGCGAUGCAAAAAGCGGCGGGGCGGGCCAAUGCCAUCCUCCGCGAGGAGAAGCUCCUCAUGGGCUGCUGCUCCAAUUCCAAACUGUAUCUGGUCUACGUUUGUCUGGACGGCUGCGAGGGCGAGUUCGAGGAGGAGUUCGAGUCGCAGGUCGAUUCAAAGGAGGCAUUUGAAAGAGCCCUGCUCAUGUUCUCGUCGGGUUACGCCUGCUGCCUGGCCAAAAAACACUUCCCUUUCCCUCAGCCCGACUCCCGCCGGGGCCACCUGGUGGGAGGGGUGUGUUUUUGCCAGUAUGUCUCCCUGCAGCUGAGCCGAGGGGAGUGGAAGUGAGAGUAUCGGAGAGUCCCGAGUACAGCAUCUGAGAAAAGUGAGCGUAUCCUUUACUUGUCCCUUUUGGAGUGGCUGGAGCCUAUCCCAGCUGCACUCGGGCACCUCAUCGAAGGGCCAACACAGACAGACAACAUUCACACACUAGGGCCAGUUUAGUGUUGCCAGUCAACCUAUCCCCUGGCGCAUGUCUUUGGAGGUGGGAGGAAGCCGGAGCUACCGGAGGGGACCCACGCACCGGGAAUCAAACCCAGGACCUUUUCGCCAUUUCAGCAAGCAUUUCACUAUAUAUUGUCAAGGGACAAUACAAGCGGUUUUGUCGUCCCGAUAUGUUUUCGCUUCCGAUACUGACUUUGUAACCUUGAAUAACAGCUGCUAUUGAUUCGAUCCGAUACCUAGGCCUGGGCCGAUAACAAAUGUUGCUCGACGAUGUAUGGACCUACGAAUUAUUGCCAAUAAACAAUAUUGUUGCCAUUAUUACCACUGCUCGACGAUAUAUGGACCUACGAAUAAUUGCCAAUAAACAAUAUUGUUGCCAUUAUUGCCACUGCUCGACAAUCUAUGGACCUACGAAUUAUUGCCAAUAAACAAUAUUGUUGCCAUUAUUGCCACUGCUCGACGAUGUAUGGACCUACGAAUUAUUGCCAAUAAACAAUAUUGUUGCCAUUAUUGCCACUGCUCGACGAUAUAUGGACCUACGAAUUAUUGCCAAUAAACAAUAUUGUUGCCAUUAUUGCCACUGCUCGACAAUGUAUGGACCUACGAAUUAUUGCCAAUAAACAAUAUUGUUGCCAUUAUUGUCACUGCUCGACGAUGUAUGGACCUACGAAUUAUUGCCAAUAAACAAUAUUGUUGCCAUUAUUGCCACUGCUCGACGAUAUAUGGACCUACGAAUUAUUGCCAAUAAACAAUAUUGUUGCCAUUAUUGCCACUGCUCGACAAUGUAUGGACCUACGAAUUAUUGCCAAUAAACAAUAUUGUUGCCAUUAUUGCCACUGCUCGACGAUAUAUGGACCUACGAAUAAUUGCCAAUAAACAAUAUUGUUGCCAUUAUUGCCACUGCUCGACAAUGUAUGGACCUACGAAUUAUUGCCAAUAAACAAUAUUGUUGCCAUUAUUGCCACUGCUCGACGAUAUAUGGACCUACGAAUUAUUGCCAAUAAACAAUAUUGUUGCCAUUAUUGCCACUGCUCGACGAUAUAUGGACCCACGAAUUAUUGCCAAUAAACAAUAUUGUUGCCAUUAUUGCCACUGAUGAAAUGACAGCACAUAAUAAUA